AUGGAAGACGAACGGCCGGCAAAAGGACCGAAAAUUGUACAGGUCAAAAACAAAAUGCCUGCACCAAUUCAAAUAACAGCUGAACAAUUGCUACGUGAAGCCAAAGAAAAACAAUUGGAAUAUGUUGCUCCACCACCGAUACAAAAGAUCAGCGAUCCAGAAGAAUUAGCAGAGUAUCGAAUGAAAAAACGCAAAGAAUUCGAAGAUGCCAUACGAAAAAAUCGACAGAAAAUGGUCAACUGGGUUAAAUAUGCUCACUGGGAAGAAUCGCAACAAGAACUUCAACGUGCACGCAGUAUUUGGGAACGUGCGUUGGAUGUCGAUUACCGUAACAUCGCUCUUUGGCUCAAAUAUGCUGAAAUGGAAAUGCGUUAUAAACAAAUCAAUCAUGCUCGAAAUAUUUGGGAUCGUGCCAUUGCAAUCUUGCCACGAGCCAAUCAACUAUGGUACAAAUAUGCUUACAUGGAAGAAAUGCUUUCGAACAUCGCCGGUUGUCGACAAAUUUUCGAACGAUGGAUGGAAUGGCAACCGGAUGAACAAGCAUGGAAUACGUAUAUCAAAUUCGAAUUACGAUACAAUGAAUUAGAACGUGCGCGAAUGAUCUAUGAACGUUUUGUCGUCACGCAUCCGGAACCGAAAAACUGGAUACGGUAUGCGAAAUUCGAAGAACAGAAUAGCUAUAUCAAAUCAGCUCGACGUAUUUACGAGCGUGCUAUUGAGUUUUUUGGUGAAGAACAUUUAAACGAACGAUUGCUGUUAGAUUUCGCUAAAUUCGAAGAACAUCAAAAAGAACAUGAACGUUGUCGGAUGAUAUACAAAUAUGCUUUGGAACAUUUGCCUAAAAGUUCAUGUGAAGACAUUUUUAAAGCAUAUACAAUUCAUGAGAAGAAAUAUGGCGAUCGAACGGGCAUCGAAGAUGUUAUUACAAGCAAGAGAAAAUUUCGAUAUGAAGAGGAAUUGAAAGAAAAUCCACUGGAUUACGAUACGUGGUUUGAUUAUCUACGUCUGUUGGAAACUGAAGGAGACUUUCCAGUCAUUCGAGAAGCAUACGAAAAAGCAAUUGCCCAAAUACCGCCCAUUCAAGAAAAACGUUAUUGGCGUCGUUACGUUUAUUUAUGGAUUAAUUAUGCACUGUUCGAAGAACUCGAAGCUGAAGAUGCGGAACGCACACGCGAAGUUUAUAAAGCCUGUUUAAAUUUGAUUCCACACAAGAAAUUCACAUUUGGUAAAAUUUGGUUGUACUAUGCUCAAUUUGAAGUUCGUCAGAAAGAAUUAGCAUCUGUUCGAAAGAUUCUUGGUACUGCUAUUGGCAUGUGUCCGAAAGAUAAACUGUUCCGUGGUUAUAUCGAUUUGGAAAUUCAAUUGAGAGAGUUCGACAAUUGCCGAAGAUUGUAUGAGAAAUUUCUCGAAUUUGGCCCGGAUAAUUGUACAACAUGGAUAAAGUUCGCUGAGUUAGAAAGUAUUCUCGGUGAUAUUGAUCGUGCACGUUCGAUUUAUGAACUUGCUAUCGAACAACCAAGACUUGACAUGCCAGAAUUAUUAUGGAAGGCAUUCAUUGAUUUCGAAAUUGAGCAACAAGAAUAUGAUCGAGCAAGACGAUUGUACAGUAAAUUGUUGAAGAAGACUCAACAUGUUAAAGUUUGGCUGAGUAUGACACAGUUCGAAGCGUCAAUUGACGAAUCCGAUUCAAUCGAUCGCGCACGUGAUGUUUUCGAACAAGCGUACAAAACUCUUCGAACAGCCAGUGAUAAAGAAGAACGUCUGAUGCUCGUGGAACAAUGGCUUAAUUUUGAGAGAGAAAAGGGUACCAAGGAAAGUGCUGCUCGUGUCGAGAAAUUGUUUCCAACUCGCCGAAAACAACGACGAAAGAUUCUCAGCGAAGAUGGAAUUCCUACAGAUCAAUGGGAAGAAUUUACACAAUUGGUCUUUCCUGACGAUGAAGCUGUUCAACCUCAUAAGAAAUUGUUGGACAUGGCUAAACGAUGGAAAAAAGGACACGAUGAUACUACCACAACAACAGAAGCGUCGGCAUCAGCACCAGAGCCAGCAACUGAGAAAGAAGAUAGUAUUCCAUUACCAGAAGCACAUGUUGAUGAUGAAGAGAUGAAUGAUGAAUCUUAA